CAUCCGCUGACCAGUCCUUAAAUGUGCCGCUUGGACUCCGUUCUCAUUAGUCCUCAUACACACGGGACGCUUUACAGCGGCUGUAAAUCCCCCAGCAUGUUAUCUUAUGUGUCCAUCCCCUGCAUGUUAUCCUGCGUGUCCAUCCCCGGCAUGUUAUCCUACGUGUCCAUCCUUGGCAUGUUAUCCUGCGUGUCCAUCCCCUGCAUGUUAUCCUGCGUGUCCAUCCCCAGUGUGUUAUCCUGCGUGUCCAUCCUUGGCAUGUUAUCCUGCGUGUCCAUCCCCGGCAUG